AUUUCGUAACUUUUGUUUUCCAUGAUUUAUUCUUCUCUUUUUCCCGCGAUGUUACUAUAGAAAGAUAUCAUGUGAAGUUCUCAUGGCGACCCCUCGAUCAGAGAGUAACUUUAUUUCAUCCAAAGACGAACAAACAGUUUAUUUAGAAGAUUGGUGGUUAAUUAAGUCCGAAAAAGAAAUUGAUGGGAAAAGAUUGGCUAGUGAAGGAUUUGCUUUAAGAGACCUCCGAUCUACGGGUGUGUUCUCCACUGCUCCAAUUAUCAAGAGAUAUAAUAUUUGCACUUUGAGGACGGCUGAUGGGAUCACUAUUGUGACUAAGGGCUCUAUAAACGCGUCUCGCACACUGGAAAAUGGGUUUUCCUCGGAGAUUUGCAGUCUAUUCCUUCUUGGAUUUCCUUGGUCCUGGGAGACUUAUUCUAAUCCAUGUGUUGAGGACGAAUCCGCUAGCAGAGGUGUUACAACAAGUAUGGAUGCCUUUCUUGAGUCAACAACCAUGCUUUCUUCUCUACCCAACUUCUUAAGAGGAAGAGCAGAUACCAAGACGCGUGAUCAUAUAUUCUGUUUUCCUUGUGUGUCUGAGAAUUCUGCACCCACUGAGAAUGUAAGCGCCAGUCUGCUUGAAAAAUGUAUUGGAAAUGCUUCGAGAAACCCUACGAUGCCUGUUUCUGCUGAUACAACAUGCUGUAAUCCUGUGUUGGGAGAUUCUCUGCCAGAGAAAACACCUAUUAAUGAGGAAAGAUCUGCAACUGAGCUGAAACAUGGACGUGAAGAGGAUCUUCUAUGUGGUAAAGAUGGAGAAACUGUGGAAAAGGAAAAUAUUAUUUUAGAGGAGGUUGAAACAAGUAAGCUAAAAAGUGAUAGAUGUGUCCAUCUUAAAAACAAAGUUCUUGCUGAGAGAUCAUUUGAAGAGAACCUAGAAACCUCCACUGGUGGUCUUCGUGUCCUGUCGAAUGGAGCUGUCAAGUCAUCCGACGUCGAUAUGCUUGCAACCGAGGAAACUACAGUUAACAAAGAAAAUUGUGGAGUACAUGAUGAGGGAACAAUGGUAAACAAAUACCAUUUAUUCCCAAAUCAAGAUAACCUCAACACUGAUGGUUGUAACGAGCCUGUCUUGCCAUUGAAUGAAGUCGUCAAGCCGUUCAACAUUGAGUUAUUUGAAGCUAAGGAAACUUUGAUUGGCAAGGAAGAGGGAAACAGUGAAAACUGCAGGAAGUCCAUCAUCAGAUAAGCAAGAUAGUCUCAGUAAUAGCGGCAUAGAAGAUGGUAAAAAUGCGACGCUUUUCAGUACUUCAAGAAGAAUCACCAGAAACGCUCUAAAAAGUCUAGUAAACUAUGGUAAGUCCUCAAGUGAGCAUUGUGCGCCUAAUGAUGGUUUCGAGGAAAAGCAUGCAUCAACAUCACCUAAUGAAGGUCGUCCUACAAAAAAAAUGAGGUUGAAGAAAUGUAUUGAUAGUGUCACGAGGAAUGAAGCCUCGAAGGAUAUCUUAGUACCCAUUGCUAAUGAUUUGAACAACGAUAAUCCUAAAGAGGUCAGCGUGGUCUCCAAAGGCUCGUCUAAGGGUUUUGGGGGUUCGAAAAGCGGCUCAAAAGGUCGAAAGAAGACUCGGGCUAACUUGAGAAUAUCAGGAGCAGCAAACAACGUUGAUGGUUGCUGGAAUGAGUCCUAAAAAGCGGAUUCCAUAUCUGUAG